GGCAUUUGACGUCACGCGGUCGCGCGUGCGCAAUGCAAUGCACUUCCUAUCAUUCGUGGCUGCAAGGGGCGAAGACGUCUUGGUUUUUCUGUAAAUUUUGUUUCGCAUUCAAAGUUAUCACAAGGAGGAAACGCGUCUAAGAUCAAAAUGUGGAUACUGAGUCCAAUGGAGCGAGGAGGUGAGACCCACUACCUCCUCUCCGGUAAAGAGUAUGUGGUGGGUCGCAAGAACUGUGACAUCGUGCUGCCGAGUGACCAAUCUAUCAGCAGAGCUCAUGCUCACUUCAUAGUUACUGAUCAGACACUGACCCUGAGGGACACCUCCAAGUAUGGCACUGUCGUCAAUGGCCAGCCCCUGGCACAGAACUCUCCAGUCAACCUGAAGUCUGGGGACAGCAUUACAUUUGGGGUUUUUCAAUCCAAAUUCAGUGUGGAUCAUCAGAAGCCAGUGGUGUGCUCAUCUUGUUUGGACAACGAUGGAAAAGCUGCACUCUCUGAGGCUCUGCAGCUGUUUGGAGGAAAGCUGGUCAAUACGUGGACCAAGGACUGCACCCACCUGGUUAUGCCUUCUGUUAAAGUUACCAUCAAGACAAUUUCAGCUCUGCUGUGCUGCCGUCCUAUCGUGAAGCCGGAGUUUUUCUCAGAGCUCAACAAAGCAGCUCAGCAGAAGCUACCGCCUCCGAAAGCGGAAAGAUUCAUCCCUGACAUCGACGAGCCAUGUUUGAGGAAUGAGGAGGUGAACCUGGAACCAGAUCUGAGGCGCAAGCAGCUUUUUGCAGGCACAACCUUCGUUUUCCUCACGGGCAAGCAGUUCAAGCGUCUGAGUGCAUCUGUGACUUUUGGAGGCGGCAUGAGCCAACUCCUAGAGGAGGGCACUCUACCCCGUGACCUCCUGGAGUCCCCGCAGAGCUGCGUGGUGGAUUUUACUACUGGCAAUUCACAACCUUCCCUUCCUGCUUCAACCACUGGGUGGCACAAUUCCUUGAAGCACAUCAUUCAAAGAAAAGGCCUUCGAGUCAUCACCGAGUCUGAAAUCGGAUUGGCUGCUAUCUACACUUCACGUGACAUGUACUGCAACCCUUCCAGUUUAACGACAGAUGCAGAGACAAAGAAGUCUCCAAUACUUCCGAGUGCAUCACUCUCCCAAUAUGUGGAUGAGACCGUUUUGCCUGCAGCAUCGCAGAACAUCACAGCAUACGCAGUCAACACAGAAACCUCACAAAUUCCAGAGCGGUGUGAGGUAAGCAGGAUCACCACGGUGGGAGAGACUCCGGAGAAAAAGCUGAAUCGUGACAGCGCUCGUCCUCAUGGCCCUAAAGCCACAACCCAGAAGAUGAGCACUAAGUGCAUUGUGGACGAUUCGCGUAGCUCGUCGUGGUUGAGCACUACAGAGAACGCACAUUCCCUGAGGAAGAAACUCGCAUCCAAAGUGACAGGCCAGGAUAAUAACAAGACAACUUUUCAGCCUCCUUUGGCAAAGUCCAGUGAUGCUAAGAAGACACGUGAACCAAAGAAAUUUUCUCAGAAAUCUCCUCAGAAACAACAUGUCUCUCCGCAAGCUUCGCCACAGAAACAGGCAACAAUGACGAGCUUUUUCAAACCCCUCAACAAGAAGAGGCCUUUAGAUGAGGAAUUCUCCACUGUCACAUCAGAGCCAAAGCGUCCUGUACUUGAAUCUGACAUCAUCAGCCAGGUCGCAGACUCCCCUGCUCCCUCAUGUUCAGCCAACGCCCCCGCAGCCUCUUCCCAGAUGCCAGUGGACUCCGAAAGUAAUCCAUUUGUCAAUCCACAAGCGGCUUUGUCCCACACGAGCCGAAAGAGGAAGGAGAUGGAAGAUGAAAUAGAUCCUGUUGACCUGGAAUCUAUCAUGUCUGAAGAAAUGGACUGCAUGGAUGAGUCAUUUUCCGUCAGCGAAUCUCCGCAAGCAGGAAACCAUCGCUCUGAACAGACGUCUAAAAACGUCGAGGCUUUGAAUAAGAAGCAACGAGUCGAAGUCAACCCGGGCAGCCGAAGGUCGCCUUUGGAACCGGCAGACGACCCGUUUCCACCUCAGCACUGCCAAACCGAGCAGGAAGUUGUCCCCAUGACGACGCAGAAGCUCCAACCAUCAGCAGAGAAGACGAGUCGCGGAAUUUCAUCUGACGGCACAAGUCAGCAUAGCAACGCUAACAGAGAGUCCCCCAGAGAGAAGCUUGGCCAAUUCAAAGGAGAUGUUGAUCAGCCCAAAGAAGCGACUAUGGUUGAUCUUACGAAACCUGUCGACAGGCACGAGACCCAAAAAACGGAGCUGGACGAAGACCUCCCGAAACAGUUGAUUUUAGUUGAGUUUCGAUCCCUCACGGUGAACGCGCUGCCCAAAACUAAACCGCAGCAGGUGCACGCCAACGGCUUUGCGAAGAACUUCAAACGGUUCCGCAAGGUGCGAGUGCCCGGGACGGACGACUCGCCACACAUCAUCGGGAGGUCUGACCUGCUGGCUCACAACCGCGGCAAGAACUCGGAACUGGACGAAUGGUUGAAAGACGUAGAGGAGGAAGAGCGGCAGACCAGACUGGAGGAGACUGAAGGAGAUAACCUCUUUAGGUACAACCCCACCAAAUUAACCAAGAGAAGAAGAUGAAGCAAGUUCAUGGUCAGAUCGUCUCGAAUGAGAAUCAAAAUCUACGUGUGCAUCGUGAAUGGUUGUUAGCCACUAAAGUUAGUUUUCGUCACACCGAUGCUUUUCUGACGCCACCGACAGCAAGUAUUGUAAAAGAAGUUUUCCAAUCACGUUUUGUGCAUUUGUGCAAAAAUAUGGCAUUGAAAACAUUUCAAAGACAGCAUUAAAAGUCGAUAUGCCAAGAGCAGCUUUUCCUUUUUUGUUACGUUAAUGGAUUAAUCGUUUAAAAAUUG